AUGGGAGUUCCAAAGUUCGCAGCGUGGCUGCGGAAGAAGUACCCGUCGAUGGUUCUCAGCCAAUGCCCAGCCACCACCCACGGUCUAUACAUUGACCUCAACGGCCUCAUUCAUCCCUGUUGCCACAGUGAAGUGGAUCCAUCUGUGGCCAAAUUAAGUGAAGAAGUGAAACUGCAGCGUAUUUGUCGAGAAGUGGAAGUUCUUGUUGCGACUGUGCGGCCACGUGAAGUGUUGUACAUCGCCACUGACGGUGUGGCCCCACGAGCAAAGAUGAAUCAACAACGGGCAAGAAGAUAUAUGAGUCGAAGUACAACAUUAACAACUACCACUACCGAUAUCUAUACAAGUAAUAGCUCUAAUAAUAAUAAUAAUAAUAAUAAUAAUAAUAAUAAUAAUAAUAAUAAUAAUAAUAAUAAUAAUAAUAAUACUAUGGGUGGAAAUGGUGGGGCAUUAAUAGUAGAAGAGAGUUUGAAGGAGUUUACACCACAUGAACUCGCGCAGGUGGAGGAAGAUCUCGAAGAUGUACGUCGAUCAUUAAUGCAGGAUACACUCUACGGUCGGGUCUUGUGCAGAGAUGAUGAUAAUAAUGGUAAUGAUAAUGAUAAUGAUCAAAGAAAGGAAGAAAAGAUACCCAAUAUGGAUUCCAAGAUUAGUAAUCAUCACGAGAAGGAAAGUAAUCCUAUCUCUUCUGGUAUAAACCCUAUAGAGGAGGAAAAGGAAGAGGAGGUGGAGGAUGAUAUUUUUCUUGCGCUUGAUGAUGAUAUUAUCGAUGUUACUAGUGAUAAAAAGAUAGAGUUUGAUAGUAACUGCAUUAGUCCAGGAACUGCAUUUAUGUCUAACGUUGCGGAUGCCAUUCUUAAAAUGGUGGAAGAUCGAAUUGCGAGUGGACAUCCCAUGUGGACAUCUUUACGAGUAGUGAUCUCUUCUGAUAGUAUACCAGGUGAGGGAGAACACAAAAUUAUUGAUUUCAUACGUACACAAGCAUCUUAUCCUGGUUUUAUUGGAAGAGGCGCACAUGUGAUUGUUGGACUGGAUGCAGAUUUAGUAUUUCUUACCCUUUCACUACAUAUACCGGAUAUAUAUAUUCUCCGAGAUGAUAAUAGGAAUCCUUACAAUAUGAAAAAAACGAAAGGAGUAAAAGAUCAAAAAGAAGCAAAGAAAGAAGAAGAAAAACAUGAAGAUAUUUUAAAUAAUAAUGAUGAAAUAGAAGAGAAUAAAAAAGAGGAAGAUAGUAAUGAAAAUGAUAAUAUCAUUGAUAGUAAUCUGAAUGAGAAUGGGAAGGAUAAUAAUGAUAAUAAUAGUAAUAACAGUGUCUCUGAGAUUAUGGCUAAUACGACGUAUGAAUACUUUGAUAUUGAUGAGGUUGGUUCACAUUUAAUGUCUGAGUUGAAUGGAUUAUGUCAACUGAAAGGAUUUAAACCCGCUAAUGAAGAUGCAUUUCCUCUAGAUUCAUUGACCUCAUCCAAUAAUUAUUAUUUAUUCCGACAUGCAGGUGAUGCGAAUGGGGCAGUAAGAACUUCCACUCCAUCAAAGAAUAAUAAGAAUAAUAAUAAUAAUAAUAAUAAUAAGAAUAAUAAGGAAAAAGAGAAAAAGUCUUGGAAUCAUUUUAUGCCUUGUGAGUCUUCUGCAAAUAGUAAAAUCAUUGAUGAUUUUAUUCUCUUAGCAAUGUUAUUAGGGAAUGAUUUCCUUCCACGACUUCCUAGUGCAUUUUGUGGUGAAAGUGCAUUGGAUAACUUAUUAGAAUUAUAUGUUACGGAUGUCCUUCCAUAUGGAUUUCUCACACUUGGAAAUCAUGAGAUUAAUCUUUUACAACUCCAACGUUUAUUUGAAUCUUAUGCAAAAAUUGAAGCUGUAAAAUUUCGUCGAUUUGCAUUAAAUAAAAACACCAUGACAGUAGAAGAAGCGGCAGAACCUCUUUAUUCACACGUAGAUGAAAACUGGCGAAAUAUAUAUCUUUCAUCUACUGGUCUUAUGAAUCAUGUAGAUGAGGCCUGUACAAAGUAUAUAGAAGGAUUACGAUUUAUUUGGCGUUAUUAUAGUGGGAAUUCCGCUUCUUGUAGUUGGUCAUGGUAUUAUCCAUUUCAUUAUGGACCUUUUGCCCUUGAUUUGGCUUCAUUUUUAAAAAGAAGUAAUAUUGAAAAAUUACCACCACCUCCAUUAGAAACAACUCCACCGAAUAUGUUUGUACAAUUACUUUGUAUUCUUCCCCCUACUAGUUAUGCAUUAUUACCAUCUGUGUUGGGGGAUUUAAUGUUAAACCCACCAGAGGAGUUAAAAGAUACAUUUCCUACAAAAUGGCAAGUGGAUUAUACAGCGGCUUAUGAAAAGGAACAUCUUGCGGCAAUACUCAUUCCAUUUGCAAAUGCCACUCGACUAGAGGAAUUAACAAAAGCAGCAGAAACACAAUUAACAGAAGAAGAGAAAAGAAGAGGUAAACCAAAGUAUGAACAUCUUGUGUUAAGUUCACCAACGGCAGAGUUGUUUAAACUUCAAGGUGAUAUCCAUGAAAUAUCGGCAAGUGAGGCUGUUCAAUUAAAUCUACAACGAGAAGGUGUAAUGUAUAUGCAAUUACGUGAUAGUCCUCCUAUACAUGCGAGACCCAAAACGUAUUCAUAUACGGCGGCUAUUCCUUGGGUUACAUGCGAUACAGAAGGACGAACAAAUAAAAGAGAACGACAUCGUAAAUCGCGUCGUGAAAAACGUGAAAUAGGAAUGAGAAGAAAAGAAGAAAAAGAAGAAGGAGAAACAGGAAGAAAUAUAGAAAAUAAAUCCAAUCGUAGUCAAGAAAAUGUGAUAAUAACAGAAAUUAAUAAAGGACCAUCAUUUGGAACCUAUCUUAUGGGAUUUGCAAUAGUUUCAUUACUAACUACUAUGCUGUUAAUUCCCUGGAAGGUUUUUAUAUUCUGGCAAGUUUUAACGGUUUAUUUAGGUUCUAUUUUUUUCACUCUCUUACUUGGAAUCGCUGUUCAGAAUCCUGUGAUUGGAAGUAAUUUGCGUCGUAAUAACAUUCGAAUGACUUAUGUAGAUUGGCUUUGUGCAGAUUGUCUCUCACUUAACUUUACUAAAAGAGAUAAGUGUUUUGUAUGUCGUGCCCCAUUUGAUGAACACCGCUGUUUGGCUGUUUUUAGCAGUACACAGACUGCCACUCCUCCACUGUAUGAUCCAGACCACUCCUCAUACAUAAAGACUGUGGGUAUUGAGAUGCCUAAGCGGAAAGAAAAAUAA